AUGGACCCCCCAUCCCUGGACGCAGCCAUCCAGCACGCCCUGGCAGGCCUCUAUCCCCCUUUUGAAGCAACAGCAUCUACCAUCCUGGGUCAGGUGUUCCGUCUCCUGGAUUCUGACUUCCAGGGCGAUGGACUGAACUUCCUCCUGGAUUUCCUGAUCCCUGCCAAGCGCCUGUGUGAACAAGUGCGUGAAGCAGCAUGUGCCCCCUACUCACACCGCCUCUUCCUGCAUGAGGGCUGGCCACUGUGCCUGCGGGAUGAGGUUGUGGUCCACCUGGCACCCCUCAAUCCCCUCUUACUGCGCCAAGGUGACUUCUACCUCCAAGUCGAGCCCCGGGAGGAGCAGUCCGUCUGCCUCACGAUCAAGUGCCUCUCUGUGGACCUCCGCACAGUGGACACGAAGCCAGUCCCUGAGUCAUCCUAUCCUAUACUUUUCAGCCCAGCCUGGCUGGAGGCCAUCAACGGUGACUCUGAGGGCAGUCCCCUGCACAACUGUCUGAUAGCUUCAGAAGAUGGCAUGGCCCCUGUGCCCUGGACCAAGAUAACCAGCCCAGAGUUUGUGGAUGACACAGCCCCAGCAGUGAAUCUCCUCUCCCCAGCCUGGGAGUCCCUUCAGUUAGAGGCACUGGAUUUGAGCAGCUCUCAAGACCUGCACCAGGCCAGGUGCCCAGACAGCCAGGUGCUGCUUGUCCGGAGUUUGGGCAAGGGCAGGACACACAGGAACAAGUACCCAGGCCUCAUCAAGGUGGAGCAAGCUGGACCUGGGGAGGUGGGCUUCAGGGUGGACAGUGUGGCCAGCCAGGACCUGGAGGGAGAGUAUGUGGCUCUUCUGGACUUUCCCCAAGAGAGCAGAGAAGGGUCUCCAAGUAAGGAGGUGGUGACGCCCAAUGGGUGUCCUUUGGGGGUACCAAAGGAGCUAUCUGGAACCAGGGAAAUCCCUUUCUGUCAAAGGAUGCUGCCUCUGUCAGGGGCCAAUGGAGAGCCUUCCUUGGAAAAAUGGGCUUGUGAGAAGCCUGAAAGCUUGGGGGAGAAACCCUGUGUUUGGGGCUCAAGGAGAAAGGCUAAUGAUAAAGUCCCUACCCAAGACUCAGAACACCAGUCCCGAGAGCCAUACCUCAGCAUCUUUGUAAACCCACUGCAUUGUGCGUCUGGCCUUGGGACAGGUGCCUCAGAAGAGCCACCGGCCUCCACAACACAGGGCAUUCUGGGAAACUCAGAGAACAUGGACCAGCUCAAGCCAGGACCAAAACAAGCAUCCUCUCCCCGGCUGUGCCCAGUUUCUCCUCUUGCUGCUCCAGCCUCCGAAACCAAGAUGGAAGAGAUGACCAAACAGGGCAAUGGGAGACUUGCCAAGCCUGUGACCAACCGCGGUCGAAACAUUUCCUCUUCCGGGUCGCCCACUCCUGGGCUCAAAUUCUCAUUCUUAAAGGGGCAGAGGCAAGUGCCUCGGGCCUCAGAGAAAGCCUCGCUCCAGCAUGACGGACCCUGGAAAGUCUUGUGUUCACUCUACUCACCCAAACCCAACCGAGCCAAGUGCUUAGGGAAAGCUGGAACAACUCAGACCAAAACAUCUGGCCUAGACGCUGACUCAGACCCAGUGACCGAGGAAAAAGCUGACUUCCCAGAAGCUUCUGCAGGCCCUCCAGAAAAAAGCCCCACUCUGGAAAAGGACCCCCCAGGACUUGAGCCCAGGAUUGGGGCCCUGAGCGUGGAGAUCUUCCAUUCCAGGAUAGCAUGUCUGCCAGGCGGUCGGGACAGGGCGGGGCGGCCCCUGCUUCUGGUGUCAACCACCAAGGGCCCCUGGGAGGCGCCAUGGUGCACUGCCUCGGAGGUCACCAAGCUGUUUUCUUACCUGUGCACCAUCCCCAGGCCUGAAGAUAAAACUAAGGGGCUGGCAGUUGUGAUUGAUGCUAGGAAACAGCCCCCACAUCCUGGUCUCGUCAGAGCCCUGCAGGCCACCCAGGCGCUGGUCCCAGCCUCCAUCCGUGCCAUGCUCUUCCUGGGGGAGAAGGAGGCAGCUCUCCAGCUGGAGGCAUUACCUGACAUCCAGGUAGAGGUGCUGACCUCACUGAAGGCACUGAGCCACCACGUGGACCCCAGCCAGCUCCCUACAGCCCUGGAAGGCCCUUUCCCCUACUGUCAUGGCGAGUGGGUGCAAUUCUUCCAGAAGCUGGAUCCUUUCCUUGCAGACCUUCGCCAGGCCUCCUGCCUGCUAAAGGCUUCCAUCAGGGAGUUCGAGAAGGGUGAGCCCCCUGGAGGGGUGCAGGAGGCCUCCAGGUGUCUGAGCAAGUCCAAGGAGCUGAUGGAGGCCGUGCUGAGGGACCCAGGCCUGAUGGGCCUCCAGCGGGAAGGCGGAGCCACUCUGGCCAGGCUGCGACAGGAGGGCAGCAGGCUGAACUUCAACCCGGAUGUCAGGAGCCAUCUGGCCGAAGCCACCGCCCUGUACAGCCUUGUGGAUGAGCAGCUGCACAUCCUGGUCACUGUGUCCAACCACCUCCUGAGAAGGCUGGAGCUCCGUGUCCGUCUGGGCCGCCUGGAAGCUGCCAUCCGCCAGGUCAGCCACUGGAUGGAGCAGGAGGGAAGCCGGUGCCUGCAAGUGCUGACCCCCAAGGACGGAAGCUUGGAGACAGUGGAGAAAGCCCAUGCAGAGUUCGAGGACUUCUUCCUUCAGGCUGUGGCCCAGUACCGCCAAGGCCUGGAGCUGUGCAAGCAGGCGGCCCAGCUGGCAGCGGCCGCCAGGGCUGGGGAGGCAGGAGGGACCGAGCUCCCGGAGCUGGCAGCCUUUGCCUUCACCCAGCGGGCCUUCCAGGCAAAGCUGACCCACUUCUACAUGGCGGCUGAGCGGCAACGCACAGACCUGGAGACGCUGCUCCAUCUGCACCACUUCUGCAAGAAGGUGACCUGGUUCCACAUGGACUGUCAGGACCUGAUGGCCCAGCUGAGGCUGGGCAAGGCCCAGAGGACCAGCCCUGGGGACCAGCGCCGUCUCCACCGCUACCUGCAGCGCCUGGCGUCCGAGUUUCCUGCUGAGAAGCUCACAGCCAUGGGGCUGCAGGUGGCCUCGCUGAGCCGGGAGGGCCUGGGCCGCGACCUGUGGGAGGAGGCCCAGGCGAGACACGAGGACAUCCAGAUGCUCCUGAAGAAGGCGCUGGCCCACUGCCCGUGCCCGGCUGGUUCCCCGGCUCACCCCACGUGCCUGGAACUCAGGGGGGUGGCCGCCAAGGACCAGGGCCUGAAUGGGGAAGUCACUUCCAAGGGCAGAUGGGACCUGCCCCUCCAGGACUCGCUGGGUUCAGAUCGUUCGCCCAAAUCCCGCUGGCCUCCUUGGGGCCCCAGGCGCGGACAGAACAGAAAUUUCCAAGCAGCCCCUCCCACCCAGGAAGCUGGCCAGGCUGUCGAGGCUGAUGAAGGCAGAAGCCCCCAUGGGCCCCUGGACCCCACUCCUGAGCGUUUCCUCACCACCCUCUUCUCCUGGCAGCGACUCCCCAGGCAGACUCAGAUCCCCCGGCCUGCCGGGGACAGCUUCUCCUCGGAGGGGACAGGCUCACAGACGUCUCUGGAGGACUCGCCCCACACGAGUCCCCCUGCAUCCCUCUAG